AUGACUUCAGAACAAGAAACUCCUAAUAUGGGACAUCGUCACUCAUUGACUAUUGAGACGAAUCCUCUUCAUUUACUUCCAUCCAACAUAAGACGAUUCUCUCAAGCUGAUUCUCUUCGACAUCCAGCAGCUCCUUUGUUGGCAAAAUUAACAAAAAAAAUUGGACAACAAAUUCCAGAAGCUGAGCAGGAACGAAAAUGUGAAGAAAAUGUGAAUGAAAGCAAAUAA